GAACAACGCACCAUGGCCCUGCUUAGAGGAAUUUUUAUUGUUGGUGCCAAAAGAACCCCCUUCGGUACAUAUGGGGGACUGUUAAAAGACCACACGGCGACUGAUCUGGGUGAAAUUGCAGCAAAGGCCGCGCUUGCAGCUGGGAAGGUGUCCCCUGAGCUCGUGGAUAGCGUCAUAUUUGGCAACGUUGCUCAGACUUCUUCCGAUGCCAUCUACCUGGCCAGGCAUGUGGGUCUGCGGGCAGGUGUCCCGAUCCCUGUACCCGCACUUACAGUCAACAGACUCUGUGGGUCUGGAUUCCAGUCAAUUGUCAAUGGAUGUCAGGAAAUUGGCCUCAGGGAAUCCGAGAUUGUAAUGUGUGGAGGAUCGGAGAACAUGAGCCAAUCACCCUAUGCUGUGCGGAACAUCCGCUUUGGUACCAAGCUGGGAGCAGACAUUAAGAUGGAAGACACUUUGUGGGCAGGGCUAACCGACUCUCUGAUCAAGACCCCCAUGGCAAUCACUGCUGAGAAUCUAGGGGCAAAAUAUGGCAUCACCAGGGAAGACUGUGACAAAUACUCCUUCCAGACACAGCAGAGGUGGAAAGCUGCUCAGGAUUCUGGAUAUUUUGCUGCUGAGAUGGCUCCUAUUGAACUAAAAUCAAGGAAAGGCCCUAUCAAAAUGGAACUGGACGAGCACCCCAGGCCACAAACUACACUGGAACAGAUGGCCAAGCUCCCCUCUGUGUUCAAGAAGGACGGCAUUGUGACUGCAGGAAACGCGUCGGGAAUUUCUGACGGAGCCGGUGUUGUGAUGUUGGCUAGUGAAGAAGCAACUUCCAAGCACAAUCUCACCCCACUUGUGAGAAUAGUGGCUUAUCAUGUGUCGGGAUGUGACCCCAACAUUAUGGGCUUUGGGCCAGUCCCUGCCAUCACUGAAGCCCUGAAGAAAUCAGGAUUAACUCUCCAAGACAUGGACCUUGUAGAGGUGAAUGAGGCUUUUGCUGCCCAGUACCUGGCUGUGGAGAAAGCCCUGGGCCUUAAUCGUGAGAAGACCAAUGUUAAUGGAGGUGCCAUUGCUCUUGGACAUCCCCUGGCGGCAUCAGGAUCUCGAAUCAUUUCCCAUCUGACACAUGAACUGAAGCGCCGUGGAGGCAAAUACGCUGUGGGAUCGGCCUGCAUCGGAGGUGGACAAGGUAUUGCCAUCAUCCUUGAGAAUGUCUCCUAAGCCAAUCAGGAUGUGAGGAAGACGCUGUAGGGAGGACCGGAGCUGAUAUCUUCAUCCAAUCAUGAUAUCCGCUUGUAAUGAAACUUGUACCAUCUGCUUUUGGGACUUAAGAAAUGUUAACAUCAGGCCAUAUGUACUAAGCACUGCCACAAAUUGUUCUGAAAUCGCUAGAAGCGCAUGUUCUGCAGCUAAACUAACCAAGCACUUAAUUCCACGGCUAAAGGAUAAACACGGCCCUUGAGAUCUGCAACUGCCAAUCUUUGUUUUCCGCCGUCCAUGAGUAUUUUUGUUUUUUCUAUACUCCUAUGCACUAACAGAAGAAAAAAAAUCCAUGUGUGUUGGCUUUCAGUUCUCUGCUUGUUCUUUAGGUUGAUUUUCAAACAGAGUCAUGGCUCCUGCUUUAUUUUACUGGAACGUGUCUCACAUUUGGCAGAAGCCUAUCAGAUCCUUGGAUUUCUGAUAAAUGAACAGGAUUUAUUACACCGUGCCAUUAGCUUGGAAUACACUUGCUGCACUCAUUUAACUUGCAAAAUAACUCCAUACAGAAUGUAAAGCUAAAUUAGCAAAGAUGAAUGAUCUGUAAAGUAGUAUUUAAUACAUAUUGUGUACAACACAAACUACCUAGCUGUUUAAUUACUAAUGAGUAGAACUGAUGAUUUCAUUACACAGGCUGUGAUGCUCUAAAUGUGCCUUAUCAACAAGGGCUUCAAUUAAAAUGGACUAUAAAUCUAAA